AUGUCCCUGCUGUCGCUCCUGCUGCUUGCGGUGACGGCCCUUCUGCCGGCCACGGCGCAGCCGGCGGCCUCCGAGCCCAGCUGGAGCUACGCGGACCAGAGCAGCUGGUCGGCGCAGUCCCCGCAGUGUGCCCAGGACCGCCAGUCGCCCGUCAGUCUGGAGACGUCCGAGGUCCGCGACUGGGGCGACGGCGGACGGCCACAGCUGAGCUUCGCCAAAGAUCUGAAGGCCGGCCAGCUCACGGCCAGCAACACGGGCCGCACGCUCAAAGUGACGCUGCGGGACGCCUCUGACCAGCCGGCCGUCCAGCUGAAAGGCGCCCAGCCCGGUCCCGUCAGCGGCCUCUACACGAUGGACCACAUGCACCUGCACUGGAACGACCCGGCCGGCGGUCGCGGCUCCGAGCACAAGAUGAACGGCGCCUUCGAGCAGGCCGAGGCGCACUUUGUCUUCUUCAACCAGAAGUACGGCAGCGUGUCGGCGGCGCUGGAGCACACCGACGGCCUGGCCGUGCUGGGUCUGCUGCUGCGGCCCGACGCGGCGCUGGGCCCGACGCUGCCGACGCUCGGGCUGGAUGGCGACCUGUCGCAGCUGUCGCAGCUGAGCAGCCACUUGAGCCGCCUGGCCGACCUGCGCCCGCUGCGGGGGCUGCUGCGCGCCGCCGUGCGCGGCCUGUUCAGCUACGAGGGCAGCCUGACCACGCCGCCGUGCAGUCGGGUGGUCACGUGGCUGGUCAGCGACCGCCCCGUCUCGGUGGAGGCCACGUUCCUGGAGCAGCUGCGCACCAGCCUGUCGGCCGACGCGGCUGGCAACGAGACCAUCCAGAACAACUGGAGGGAGCUGCAGCCGCUCAACGGACGGACCGUGGUCAGGUACACGGAUCAGGACCCCCAGCAGUGA